CAGCAGCAGAAGCAGCAAACGAAAGGAAAACUCCCAGUGCGCGCAUUUCCCUCACUCUUCCGCCAAACACCAGCGUGUCGCUAAUUCGCGUCGCACACCACCCCAGGAGCCGUCGAUUCGUGUCUUACAUCGCGUUCGCCUGCUGCGCAUCCUUUGCAAGGACCUGCGUACCUGCACAUCUGAAUCACCCGGAUCGUUUGAAGGCGAAAAACAGGGCCAAAACACAGCAGCCAGUGCAUUUGUUUUUUACCUGCUUCCGCAAAAACCGUUUGCGCCCGCGAAACCCCCCGCGCCCAAUCGUUUAAAUGAGUGAUAUAAGUCAGAAAUGUUUCGGCAAAAAUGGUGGAUUUUCUAUAAGUUUUAAUCAAGACUAUACAUCGCUUUCCGUGGUAUCCAAGACGGGAUAUCGACUGUUCUCGCUAACGUCCGUUGAUCGUGUCGACGAAAUCUUCUGCAGCCAUGACGAGGAUACAAAGAUUGCCGAGCGGCUGUUCAGCAGCAGCCUCGUGGCGGUGGUUACCGCCAGUGAACCGAACAAGCUUAAGGUGUGUCACUUCAAGAAGGGGGCCGAGAUCUGCAACUAUGGCUACCCGUCGGAGAUCCUGUCGGUGAAACUGAACCGAUCCCGGCUGGUGGUUUGCCUCGUGGACAGUAUUUACAUUCACAACAUCCGUGAUAUGAGACUGCUACAUUCCAUCAAGAGCAUGGCGCCGAACCCGAGCGGGCUGUGCACGCUGUCGCUGCUGUCGCACCUCGCCUACCCGGUGUCGGCCGAGUGCGGCGAGCUGCAGAUCUUCGACGCGGCCAACCAGCUCCGGCGGCUGAAGCUGCGGGCGCACGACUCGCCGCUGUCGGCGCUGAACUUCUCGUACAACGGCGUGCUGCUGGCGACGGCCUCCGAGAAGGGCACCGUCAUCCGGCUGUUCUGCGUGAAGAACGGCCAGAAGGUGCACGAGUUCCGGCGGGGCGUGAAGCGCCACGUCAACAUCGGCUCGCUGAACUUCAGCACGUGCGCGAGCUUCGUCGUGGCCAGCUCGAACACCGAAACCGUACAUAUCUUCCGGAUCGACCCGAAGGCGAUCGAGCAGGCGGAGCGGCGCCAGAGCAUCGCGGCCGAUGCCGGGGCCGGCAGCAACCACAGCAGCUCGAGCGACGACGACGAGACGAACGGUGGCGCAACCGAGACCGGGUCGACCGUCGGCGGUUGGGGCAUGGGCUUCCUCGCGAAGGCCGUCACCAACUACUUGCCGACGAACGUCGUGACGGACGUGUUCACGCAGGAUCGGGCGUACGCGACGGUGCAGCUGGCCGAGGCCGGACUCCGGUACGAGUGCGUGAUGGCCAAGCUGGAGAAGGAGACGCGCCUGCUGUUGGCCUGCGAGGAUGGCUUCCUGUACAUCUACAGCUUCGAGGACUCGAAGGGUGGCGAGUGCAAGCUCAUCCGGGCCCACGAUCUCCGUACGCCGUUGCACGGCAUAACCGAAGUCGACAUCGUUGGCAAUGAGAACGAUGAAAAUACCAACAGCCUAAACGUGAACAACAUGACCAAGUCGAUGAUGCCCGCACCGGGCACGUACGCCGGCGUACUGAAGGGUCGUCCUGCCGACAGGAUGUCAGCAGACUCCGACUGGUGUCACGAUCUGCGCGAGGCGGUCGAGUACCCGGUGAAGGUGACCGUACCGAUCUACGACGAGAUGCAGUUCCCGCCGGUCAAGCCCAUCGCCGUCGAAUGACUAGUGGGAGGAGGUCAUUCCGCCCCGGCCCCUGGAGGGAGAUCGAAUCGAACGGCCACCACCAACAGCAAACCAGCAUCAUCCAAGUGCGGCGGACGCAAGGGUUAAAGCAACCAUCUAACCCUUCGAUUAGACAUGUGGUUGGCUGACUUCGGGUUUGAUCUUCUUUCGGACACCAUAACGAUGAUGAAGAUGACGAGUGGCAAGCGUAAAUGAAAGGAUAUAUCGUGAUGUUGACUUCUGCUUACAUAGCGAGCGGGUGGGGUUUUGCAAUGCGCGGGUCUGUGUGCGCAUUGAACCAUUGUUUUUAUUUUCUUUAAUUUAUUUUUAAACGCAUCUCUUCUUAAGGAUUAAGUAGCGAGAGAGGGGAAAGGUGGGCUCGAGCAUCUACAAUGCCGGCAAUGUCAAGCCCGCGUGCCCAAUGGACAUUUGGAAAAACAUGAAACCAUUCAAAAGGGACAACCAGCUGAGGCCGCUUUUCUUACGUCUGUUGCUUUAUUUUGGUGUAUUCCCCGUAUCAGAAGACGUCCAGCAAACUAUGUUAAACUAACAUUACUUGAAGUAAUUUCGGUUCGGAACAAUCCAAUCAGUUAAUCAGCGUCUAUUUGGUUUGAAUGAAAACGAAAAUGGAAAAAGAAAAAAAAACAAGACAAAAACAGGUUUACACUAUUCGAGGAUCGGGAGGCAGAGGAUAGGGCUGCAUUACAAAAAAAUUAUUUUUGUAUUCUAUUUACAGGCAACGGAAAGAAUAAAGAUAAAAAACUAUUGCAGCCUGGUCAGACGAGA